AUGAUCAAGCUCGCUGCCAUCUCGUUCCUGGCUCUCGGCAGACCCCUGGGCAGGGCCUUUGCCAGCUCGUGCACGCCGUUGAGUUACGAAGUCAAGUUUUCUCUUCUCGACUCGGCACUCAAGUCUGGCCAGCCCAGCACCGAUGUCGUGUCGACAUUCUCUCUCAAGUCCCCACCGCAGGAACGAACAUGGGCAUACUUUGACACCAACGACAAGGGGCUGAAUGCCGAGGGCUGGGUCGUUCGCAUCCGACACAAGGAGGGCCAAGAUGUUGAGUUGACCUACAAGAAGCGUUUCGCGGUUCCGGAUGGGCUCGAUUCGGCGCUCGCCGAAGCUAGGGAUGCGGGGUUCACUGAAGACGCCGAAAUCGACUGGACCACAACCAAGCAGACCCUCAGCUUUGAUCACUCUGUCAAGCUGUCGCUGUGGACGCUGAAUGGGACUGCAAUCCCGAGCGCAGACUGGGGACUGUAUCUUCUCGUCAACCACAUUCCCGACAAGAUUGCCGACUGGAAUCACCAUGGAUGGGGUACAGAUACUCUGAAACGGUCACGCCAGUAUGGGCCCGUCACUGCCAAGGUCUGGUUUGGCAAGUGGAACGAUACCGAGGUGCGCGUCGAGGUCCUUCCCCUCAAGAAUGCCAAUGGGACGGGGAUGGAGCUCACGACUGAGCUCUCCUUUGGUGCCGACGGGAGCAACGCCUCUGCUCUGCGCGACGAGGUCAUGCACGAGCUGGAUAGUCGCGGCUGGCUCAACCGCGAGGGCAAGCUGAAGACGGGCCUGGUCCUUGAUCGCUACUAG